AAGGGAACGACAAAAGGUUAAGACGCAGCUUCCCGGAGUUAUUUCCCGGCAGAGCGCCCUAAGCCACAGUCAUUGGCCCUAAGCCAGCCCCCUCCCGAGUGCUCCUAGUGUUUCUAUAGUAAUUUCUAACCAAUGAUCAGUAGGUGUCCACAUCCUAGCUUCCUCACCUCAGCACCAAUCAGCCACACACAGCGACAGGAGACAGCACGGAGCUAACACUAGGCAGCCACACACAAAACACCUCGGACCAAGCAGAGGAAACACCUACAACGCACCGUUAUUUCCCCCCUACAGCGCCGUGGUUUUAUAAUAAUAAACCGUUUUUUUUUCUUCUAAAAAGCUCGAUAAGCUAUCGCUUUAAGUUUGCUAUUUUUUGUACUUUUUUUCUCAAGCCAGGAAAAUAAGUCUGUAAACAUGCUCCUUUUGUUUUGAGCGCUCUUUUUCAGUGUGGCUGUGCUCUUCCCACAUCCUCGCGUUAUUUUUUAUCUCCAUCGCGCCUUGCGGUAAUGUGCCGCUCUGUGUUGGCAGCAGACUGCUAGGCGUCUGGAAUCUCUUCUCGCCAGGAACCUGGUAGUGCUGGAGGAGACAGAAGCAGGAUGGUAACAUAUUGUUGGUGGUAACCAGCAGCUUCUAGUUUGACGAAGGCCACCGUUGACGGCGACCCCGGACUCUUCCCCAGUGAACCCUGCUCAACCGCCCCCCAGCCAUGUCUAAUAUAAACAAUGCUCUCUGCAUUGAGAACGGACAGAACGCAGACGUGUCUCUCUUACAAAAGGAUAACCUUCAGAACCUGCAGAACCUGCAGAACUUGCAGAACCUCCAGGAUGGUGGAUUAAGCCAACUUUUGGAUUAUAACGCCGAGAUGGAACGGUACCGCUCUUUCGCAAACUUUUACAAAACCAACGGCGCGUUCGGCCAGACGGCCAAGAUCGCCCGCAUCACGACCCCCAUUUUCCCCAGUGCCCGGAUAGGCAUGUCCCCGUGGAACUGCGAUAACGCCAUGCUCUGGGGGAGGAAAUCGGCGACAAUAAACCCUAAUAGGACCAGCAUGCACAGGAAUGACUCCCAGAGGCCGGGGAAGCAUGGCGUGCCGCCAGAAACGCUACAGCAAAUGGCAAAUAAUAAUUUCCUCUCUACCUUAUCCCCCGAACACUGCAGACCUUUAGCGGGAGAAUGCAUGAACAAGCUGAAAUGCGGCGCCGGCGAAGCAGAGAUAAUGAAUCUCCAGGAACGUGUCGGAACUUUUUCCGCCAUUCCGGCUUUAGGGGGCAUCUCAUUACCUCCCGGGGUCAUCGUCAUGACAGCCCUUCACUCCCCCGCAGCCUCGGCAGCCGUUACAGACAGUGCGUUUCAAAUUGCCAAUCUGGCAGACUGCCCACAGAAUAAUUCCUCGGCGUCCGGCGGGAACCCGGCGAAGAAGAAAAGGAAGCGGUGCGGGGUGUGUGCGCCCUGCCGGCGGCUAAUCAACUGCGGCGUGUGCAGCAGUUGUCGGAACCGUAAGACGGGCCACCAGAUCUGCAAGUUCAGGAAAUGUGAGGAGCUGAAAAAGAAACCCGGCUCGUCGCUGGAGGUAGGUCCGUGUUUUCCUAGACUGGUCCCUGAUCUGUUGACAAAGACCUUAGGCGUUGGCUAUACAGCCUGGGACCAGAGGACACCAGUCAACAAUGGCGAGGCAUUCCGGUGGUUCUUUUAGAGCGCCCGACCUUAGUGACAUCAACACGCGGUCAGAGGUCCAGUUAGAACUCUGAUGACAUCACUGCAGGAAGCACUGGGGGUUCAGAGAACCCAAACAACCUCCCAGUUUUUAAACCAGGAGGCAGAAACUCUAAAAAGAUGAAACGAUAAACAUUAUGGUGUUGGUUUAACUCUGUAAUUUCCUUUCCUGUGUAAUUAUUGUACCUUUUGACAGUAUCAUAAUGUCUAUUUUCGGUGUAUAUGAAUGUGUUUCCGUGUCGUUUGGCUGUAAAGUUUACAGUCAAUCUUAUGUAAAGGACUCAAUGGACAAUCAUCACCAAUACGUCAACAACAAAGAUGGCCGCUGCUGGGAUUGAUCAUGUGAUCGUCACACACAACCCCUGAGCAAUAAUCUUUAAAGUUGAUUAUUCUGCUUGUGUUUUCCCUUUAUUUCCAUUUUCAAAUUAUUAUAUCGAAGCUGAAUUAUUUUUUAUAAAAUGUGUCAUUUUUGUUUAAUGCUUGCAUUCCCUGUUUGUGUGUGCGAGCGCCUCUGACUGAGAGAAACUAUAAGGUCCUCCUUGGUAAAUGUCAUGUAUCAUAUAAGUGACGCACCAUGCCAGAGAGAACGGCAUUAUUAUUUAGAUGCUUUCAUUUGGGCUUUCUUUCAGUUUUUGUCCAGCACGUUACUGAAACAGGGCACAUUGUCUUGUGUAGCGAGUUGUACUUUAUUGGAAAACAAAAAGGAGCAUCGUUGUGUUAGUUACUGCACAAAGGGGUGGUUACGAGCCAGACUGCGUUUCUCUUCGGUUUUGAUACGCUUCAAAGAUGGUGUUAUGAUUGGCUAUUUCAUGUAACUGUCUUGCCACCUCCUGACCAUCUUCUGGUUUUUGUUUGAAAUACAAAGGUCAUCUUAUAGGUAACACUAUACUUAAAUCCUGCAGGUAUAAUGCCUCAUUACUUAUAUCCUGCAGGCAUAAUGCUUCAUUACUUGUUUAUUAGCAGGUAUAAUGCUUAAUUGCUUGUUUAUAAGCAGGUAUAAUGCUUAAUUGCUUGUUUAUAAGCAGGUAUAAUGCUUUAUUGCUUGUUUAUAAGCAGGUAUAAUGCUUUAUUGCUUGUUUAUAAGCAGGUAUAAUGCUUUAUUGCUUGUUUAUAAGCAGGUAUAAUGCUUUAUUGCUUGUUUAUAAGCAGGUAUAAUGCUUCAUUACUUGUUAUAAGCAUGUAAUGUCCGUUAGAAUGUCUUAUGAGGUUUAUGAUAUAUACUUGCAGACUAAGUAAAGUGUUACUGGUUAUUACACCCACGCUGUCUAAAAGGGACUUAUUAAUAAUACUAGUAAAGGAAUUCUGAGGUUAAAUUAACAUUAUUCAAAUGGAAUAUUAAGUCAACAGUACAGUUUACAUAUCUGACAACAGUUAUAUACAUUGUUCACUGUGAGUAUCUGUCUGACUACAGUUAUUCUGGAAGUACGGGACUUUCCAUACCUUUCUCCUGCAGAGACCACAAUAACAACAAAUGUCUGUUGAGCUGAAGCCAGAAGUGAACACAUUCCAAAAACGACAAAAAAUGAUUCAAUAAAUGACUCAUCGUCUUCAAAACCCUAUUGUUGCAUGUGUAAAUGUGUUUUGGUUUUAAAGAUUAACAAGAAUUUGUAUAUUGUUGUUGUGAUGCUUUUAUGUGUUAAAAUAAAAAAAAAAGGACUAAAAACAAAUAUUUUGAAUGUCAACGAAUAACGCAACAUUUUUAUCCUCACAUUGUACAAUUAAAUAUUGGAUUAUGAUUCACCUGCAA